AUGCAUCACUUUCUCCUCUUUCUUCUCGCCCUUCUGUUUGUGGCCCGGCCGGGCACAGCGGCCACAAACAAGUUGACCUACUGUGCCACCGCCAAUACUGGGUCGGACUUCUCCUCCGCAUUCUUAGUCUCCAGCAUCUACCAGUCCAACGGACUAUGCCAGAAGACUUGUGCUGGCUAUGCUCUGGGGGUCCUGCAAGGGAACCGAUGCUGGUGUACCAAUGUGGCUCCGUCGGAGGCCUCGCGAAAGGAUGUCUCCGAGUGCGCCACUGGCUGUCCAGGAUACCCCGCUGAUAGCUGUGGCAAUGCCGGGAAGGGCGUGUACGCCUACGUCCCGGUAGUGGGCAACUCGGUCACCAGCACGGCCGGCGGUGGUCAGAGUAGCUCGAGUACUUCGUCCUCGUCGACCUCUACCUCCACGUCUAGCUCGUCCUCGGUAAGUCGCGACAUUCCCUUCUUUUCAUCGACCACCACCGACCCGGCGACAACGUCGGCCGGCAGCCUGGUCACGGUAGAGACCACCCUGGCAGGCCUGGUCAAAACCAUCACGGUUCCGGCGCCGACUGCCACAGGUGCUCAGGAUUCAUCCAAUCACGGUGGGGGCAGCGCUAGCCUGAGCGGUGGCUCUAUUGCCGGCAUCGUCAUCGGUGUUCUGGGUGGCAUCGCCCUGCUUGGCGCGCUCAUUUUCAUGGUCUUCUUCUAUCGCAAGCGGGCCCGCGCCGUCAGCCCGAUCCCGAGCACAGCGGACAUGGCCGAGCAUCGUGCCAGUCAAGCAUCCUCUUUCUCUCGGGGUGUUUUCUCGCAAGGACCUCAGGAUGGCUCAAGCCUGGGUCGCAAGCAUACAUUCACCGACAACCGGCUGAAGACCGACAUCUAUCCCAACGGUCCUCGCGACAGCAGCGUUUCCCUGCAGGACAACGAAGACUAUUCGCGUCCUGUCCUUCGUGUAAGCAAGCCCAAUCGGUGA